AUGCUCGACAUCCUUUUCGCUUUCAGAGCGUUUCGCGAGUUUCUGAGAGAGUUACUGAGGGUUUCUCCAAGCUGUACUGCAGAGAGAGUUCGAGACGCAGUUCUCCCGGUCCAGAGUGUGUAUACGCAUCGGCAGACGGUCGAGCUGGGUUCUUCGCCCUUGCCUGGUCCUCAAAGAGCGGCUGGCCUGUUCGGCGACACCGUGGGUGAAUUCACCCAGGAGUUCACCGCGGUGAGAGAGCAGUUGGAUGCGAUGGGCAAAGUCAUCUAUCGGCGGGAAUGGGUGCCGUGGCUGGUGUCCGGAGGCCGAUGGGAUUGUCUGACUGCGGGGGAUUCAUGCUCCAGCGAUGAAGCGUGCAGCCCGCGUUUGAGAACCCUGCGGCAGUGCGUCGCAGGCGGAGGAAGCGUCAAGCUGGGUCCAGGGGCACGAAACCACUGCGAGAACGCAGUCACGGCCCUCAUGUCCAGUCCCCUGCACAGAUGCCAAUGCAAACGGGGUAUGAAGAGAGAGAAGAACUGUCUUAGCAUUUACUGGAGCCUCAAGCAGUCCGUACUGCACGGGCUGAGCUUGGUGGAGAAUUACCCCUACGAGCCUGUUGAGCGGGGUUUUGAUUAUGUUCGCCUGGCCUCCAUUGCUGCAGAGUCUGAGGUGGGCAUGACAACAGUGAAUCGUUGUUUGGAUGCUGCAAAGGCCUGUAACGUUGACGAGACGUGUCAGAAGCUACGCACCGAGUAUGUGUCAGCAUGCAUUGCUCCAUCGGCACGAGCCGGGACCUGCAACCGCGCACGCUGCAGCAAAGCACUGAGAAAGUUCUUCGACCGAGUGCCACCCGACUACACGCAUGAGCUACUCUUCUGUCCAUGCUCUGACACGGCGUGUGCAGAGCGCCGACGCCAGACCAUUGUGCCUGCGUGCUCAUUUGAGGAAAGGGAGAAACCCAAUUGCCUGGUCCAGCUCCGAGCGUGUGAGGCCGACUAUGUGUGCAAGUCUCGCUGGGCUCAGUUCCAGCACGACUGCCAACUCGAGCUCACUGCCAGCAGCUGCCAGCAAGAAAAUUACGGAGCCUGCCUUAUUGCAUACACCGGCCUGAUAGGAAGCAUUAUAACUCCUAACUACUUAGAUAACUCUACAUCCAAUGUGGGGCCGUGGUGCUCCUGUGCGGCUAGUGGGAAUUUCCGAGAUCAGUGCAACCACUUUCUCAGCCAUUUCCAUGACAACAACUGCUUGAAGAAUGCCAUCUCUGCUUUUGGGAAUGACACAGACCUGAAAUCUGCAACCAACCAGGCUCCGGGCUCCAAUACCAACACUUACAACCAGAUCUUACCAGUUACCAGCACUGAGACCACUACUACUACCAAUGGUGCUGCCACAGAGAUUGAGCAGAACCUUCUGCGUCCACAGAUGCCCACACAGAUGAAUGAGCGAGACAGACUGUGGGGUGACUCCACGCUGCCGUCUCCUGAUCUGUACGACUCCAGUCCCACCGCAGCCCACCUGGAUGAACUCAUGUGGCUCCUCCCUUUCCUGCCGCUCACGCUCCAGCUUUAAAAUCAAGCAAUCAGUCAAAGCAGAGCAGAACUGGGACAGAGAGAGAGUGUGUCUUCAUCAGUUUAACCUCCACAUCAUUCAAAGAGGACACAAGAACCACCGAACUCUUCAAACAUGUGAAACCCUGCUCCAUUCCUCCAGUCCAGUUUAGUGUUUUCAUCGUUUGUGUUCACAAUGACUGAUUUCAAGGUUUUGAAUAAUUGUGUCUCUCUCAUGUUUUGGGCUGAAGAUGGCGUGUGUAAAACCCCGUUCGGAUUACAUGAUUUUGCCACACUUUGUUUGACAUAUUGUCAUAAUGUGUUAGUGCACAACAACCCAUGUCCGCAAUGCUUCAAGACGUCAUGACAGAAAGUCUAGCAUGUUUAUCCAUGAUGAGUUCAGUCACAUGAGUGACCAAUAGGAGCACAGAAUCUAUUCCAUACACAACAUUUAAAAUGAUAUGAGUACGCUUGAAACUACCAUGACAGAAUAAAAUAAAAUGUUAGCAAUCGGUAGCAGAUUCACUUCUAAAGUCACCAUGUAAACAAACAAAUCAGACAAUUACAAGGACAUCUAGAAAUUGUGGGGUUUCUUGAAGUGUUGUAACUAUACUGGAAUUCGAUACCAAUCACAGCUGAAAUGUUCAUUUUCCGAUAACGCAUUCCUAAACAGUGCUGAUUUGCCUGUCUGUGCUCAACAGAAAUGACUGUGAUUGGUUAUGCACACAUGCACAUGCACUUCGUAAUGCACACAUUACAAAGUCCUGGCUGUGGCGGAAGAGGAUACAAGUAUUUGACUGGCCUGUCUGCAGUCCUGACCUGUCUCCAAUAGAGAAUGUGUGGCAAAUUGUGACGCACAAAUAAACGUUUUAAAAAUUUCAGUAUCAUGACAACCCUAAUUUCUUUGACAGAGAUCACAUGAUGAUUGAUUGCAAAGUAAUGUGUAGUCUGACAUAUUUGGUACCCAUAACAAAGUCAUGAUUUUAUCUAGAAAAAAAUCCUAAUCUGACACAGUGAGUGGCAAUAAAAAUGGUGUCAUCCGAACGGAGCUUUUCAAAAUUAAUCACUGAAAUGGCUGAAGUCACGCCAACUAUACAAUUCUAUAACAAAAAAACAAAAUGGAAAAUCAUCCAUAUUUAAUAUCUAUUUUUUCCUAGCUCUUUCUAAUGGAUGCCAUUGGUAAGUGUGCUGUAUAUUCACCCGGAUAGAAAUGUGUUUUUGAUGUUUGCACAGGAACAAGUGGCGAGGGAAAGGAAGCUGAUGUAAAACGCCUAUGAUGAGAGCUCUUUGGUGGGCUUCAGCGAAGGUCUUUAUUUUUGUAACGUGUCUGUGUUGUUCAGAUGUACAGUACAUACCACAGGCUGGAGAAAACAGCAGAGAUUUGAAGAGUCCAAUGAGCAGUUCUUGUAAACUUCACCUGUGAAUAAGGAAGUCUGAAAUACCGCAUCAAGCUGCUUACUGCAAAAGAAGCACAAAAAAAACUCUUACACAAAGCACUUCCAUGUCCAUGUGAAUUCGAGCAGCUUUACCCUUCUCCCAAUUCACCAUUUGUCUCAGCCAAUCAAAACAAGCACACGGGGCUUUGGAUUCUCUCCAGUGACUGAUGACAGCUUUUUCUGCGCCUCCAUCCCAUGAGCACUUGACAUCUGCAGUUGUGUUGCUUUUUUUAUUCUCGAUUGUACUGUGAUGACAAAAAGGUGAGUGAAACGUAAAUGCUUUCACCCCAAAUGACCCCUGGAGACUUUUGACCAACCUGCGACCUGCAUUACAAAACGGGCCAAAGUAUUUCUGUCAAAUGGGUGGACAUUGUGGAAUUUAUUUGUGAUUUCCUGAAAAAAAAUAAGAAUAAUAAAGCUGCCAGAUACGGAUGUACAGAGUAGUGUUUGUGUGUCAGAUCUGUGAAUACGUCGCAAACAGAGCAGUUGUUUAUAUAUUUAAAUACAGUAUAAAAGCUCCAGUUUGUC